AUUGCCCACUGUGCGCAAACCUAUACGCUGCCUCCAUUUCGCAGAUCCAUGUCUACUCUGAAAGAAAUCCUGACCCGGCGGCCGGUGGCUGCGACGAUCCGCCUAACCGUUCCGGCGGGUGGGGCGAAACCGGCGCCUCCGGUGGGUCCGGCUUUGGGUCAGUACCGGCUGAAUCUGAUGGCCUUCUGUAAGGACUUCAACGCGAGGACCCAGAAAUACAAGCCCGAUACGCCGAUGGCGGUUACCAUAACGGCGUUCACGGACAACACUUUCGAGUUCAUCGUCAAGUCUCCUACUGUCACCUGGUAUCUGAAGAAAGCGGCGGGCGUCGAAAAUGGGAGCAGCCGGCCGGGUCACGUGACAGCCUCCACUAUCACACUCAAGCAUGUGUACGAGAUCGCCAAGAUCAAGCAGAGCGAUCCUUUCUGUCAGUACAUGUCCUUGGAGUCCAUUUGUAAGUCUAUUAUUGGGACCGCUAAUUCCAUGGGGAUUAACGUCCAGAAGGAGCUCGAUUAGUUUCAUGUACUGUUUCAAACUGACUUGAAUUUAGUAAUUGCAAGUGAGUAAUGGGUUAUAAAAGGGAAUGUGUGGUCGCAUUGUGUGAUUUUGGUGUUAUAAAUUCUUGAGCAGCAUGUUCGAAUUUAUAUCACUUUCUUUUUACUUUUUCAUCAGAUUUUGAUUAACUCCCUAAUGAAA